CGGCGGUCUCACUUCGCAUUUUGCCGACUUGAGCGCACGUCAACGUCAGCACUCGACCAUCACUCUCAUCUAAGAUCAUGGCGUCCUUUGCGUUCCGUCGCGCCUCCAAGCGUGUGGCGCUCAUGGGCGCGGGCGUCGUCGGCGUCUCUGGUCUCUCAGGCGCCGCCAUCGUCUCGGCCAAGGAGCCGCAGCGGCUCGUGGCGCCCAUUAAAUGCGAGGACGGAUCGACCAUCAUUCCGUACGAGACGCCGUCGCGCGACGCGCAGCUAGAGCGUCUCAAGAAGGAGCAGUUCGACGUGCUUGUGAUCGGUGGCGGUGCCACAGGCUCCGGCUGUGCGCUGGACGCGGCCACACGUGGCCUCAACACGGCCGUGGUGGAGGCCAGCGACUUCGCGGCAGGCACGUCUGGCCGCUCUACGAAGCUCAUCCACGGCGGUAUCCGUUAUCUGGAGACAGCGUUCAUGAAGCUAGACUACUCAGCCUUUAAGCUGGUGAACGAGGCGCUGGAGGAGCGUUCUUUCUUCCUCUCGGCCGCGCCCUACAUGAACCGUCCGCUUCCUAUCAUGAUCCCCAUCUACAAGUGGUGGGAAGUGCCCUACAUGUGGGUGGGCGCCAAGGCCUACGACGUGGUGGCCGGCAGCAAGCGUUUCGUGCCCGGCAGCUACUACAUCAACGCCGAAGAGGCUAUGUUCCAGUUCCCCAUGCUCCGUAAGGAAGGCCUGAAGGGCGCUAUCGUCUACUACGACGGACAGAUGAACGACACUCGUAUGAACGUGUCUGUCGCUCUCACAGCCACGCAGAACGGCGCUACUGUCGCUAACUACGUGAAGGUGGUGCAUCUGAUCAAGGACGACGAGGGCAAAGUACGUGGCGCCCACGUUAAGGACACUUUGACCGGCGAGGAGUGGGACGUCAAGGCUCAUGCCGUCGUCAACGCCACUGGUCCCUUCACGGACGCUAUUCGUCUGAUGGACGACCCCAAGAAGGAAAAGAUCUGCGUCCCUGCUGCUGGCGUACACACCGUCCUACCUGACCACUUCAGUCCCAACCGUAUGGGUCUUAUUGUGCCCAAGACGAGCGACGGCCGCGUGCUGUUCUUCCUGCCGUGGGAGAAUGGAACGCUGGCUGGUACGACCGACUCGCAGUCCGAGAUCACGAUGCUGCCGUCCCCCACCAAGGAAGAAGUGGACUUUAUCAUCGAUGAGGCCAACCGCUACCUCGCCAAGGACGUGACGCGCAACGACAUCAAGUCGGCCUGGUCGGGUAUCCGUCCGCUGGUCAAGGACCCUCGUCACGCUGGCCAAUCGACGAGUAGGAUCUCGCGUGAACACGUCGUGGAAGUGUCCGAGUCCAACAUGGUGACGAUCGCUGGUGGCAAGUGGACCACGUACCGUCGUAUGGCUCAGGACGCCAUUGACAAGCUGGUGGAGACUGUACCGGAGAUCAAGGCCAAGGCUGCGCCCUGCAAGACCAAGGAUGUGGGUAUCAUUGGUGCCGACCGCAUUGGCGAGGUGUGCAACAAGAAGUUCGACAAGAUCACGGUCACUCUGCGCGAGAACUACAACCUGGACAAGGACAUUGCUGAGCACUUGAUGCGCAACUACGGCACGCGCGCUCUUCAGGUCGCGGAGAUCGAACAGAACGGAUUCCUGGACCGCAAGCACACCGACCACCCGCGUCGUCUGCACCCGAAGUACCCGUACCUGGAAGCUGAGGUCGUAUUCGCUGUGCGACAGGAGUAUGCGCUUAAGGCGACCGACAUCUUGGGUCGUCGUAUGCGUCUGGCCUUCAUCGACAGCGGUGUGGGCAUGCAGCUGGCCCCGCGUGUAGUGCACAUGAUGGGUGAACUGCUUGGCUGGUCGAAGGCCCGUCGGGAGCAGGAGCUGGCCGAGUGCAAGGAAUACCUGGAAACCAUGCACAACUAAGUAUUCUUCGUCGCAGCAGUAAGGACGGAUACAGUCGAGUAACACGACGAGUAACGAACAUGUAGUAGAUCAUCUUGACCUUAACCUGUCUUCGAUAUUGUAGAUCGUGUCCCGAGUGACUCGGCGAGUCAACGCGUGAACUGCCAGUGAUGAUGUUGCCGUGGAUAGUCCACCGAAUCUUGGCUGCUUGGUGUCGAGUCUUUCGUGCGUAGCCUGGACAUUUUGUUGCUCAUCGUCUGUGCACAGGAGAUGCCGACGGCGAUGAGUGCAGUUGCUGCAUUUUCCUCGCUUUCACGUCUGAGGCUGAUGUUGCGUUCUCCCUGGAAUUGUAUGGCGCCACUAAGUGCAGAAGUUCUCGUGCCAGUGCAGCGUUCUCAAGCUGCUUUGCAGCAGGUUUGAUCAACGCUGCUGGGUCAAGUUUGGUCGGCGCCGCUGGUGCUGUACGGCUGAUAGGCGGUAGGACUCCACGUCGGUCUUCUUCGAGUCUGUCGCUGUCUUCAUCUGCCAGGCCGAUGAGCAUAUCCAGUCCGUAUUGCACGAGCUGUUGGCUGUUCCGAGGAUGCUUCAUGACCACAGCGACCAGCGCUGCUAGCAGAGCCUCCACCACGUCUUCACUCUGUCGCUCCCGAUCAAACACCCCGACAAGCUGCUGGACGCCGUUCAAUGCACCGACGAGGUCUUGAUUGCGCACGUUGUUGGCCACCGUGUUCCGUAGCGCCCACAAACACGAAAUCCUCACUCGAUGCUCCAUUUCAGACGAACUCCCGGACGCAGAGGGGAACAAGGGCGAAGGUUUGGCGCAGAUUUCAAGCAGUUUUUCAAGUCCGCGCUCGUUACGGAGUCGAAUUUGAGCACUCGGUCUCUUCCAGACUUCGUCUGCGAUGGCGUCGCUGAUCAUAGCGACAAGACCCGGAUUCGUUGCGUCAAACAGCAACGCGAUGAGCUUCUUCAUGUCCACAGACUCGAACGAUUGAGUCGGAGACAUUCCGUGGUCUUGUUUGAGUUGACGCAUAUCUGCCAGCAACUCUAGCGCCUCAAGAGCGGGGUCACACAGAUCUUUGUUCGUGCUUCCACUGAGGUUCACUAGCGUGUCGAUACCGUGGGGAAUUUCCAGCAUCCUGGUCUUGUUGACGUCGUGGAGACACAUGUUGAUGACACCAAAGAGGCCGUGCUGUUGCACUGCCACUUGCCCUGUUCGACUGCACAGUCGAGUGAAAAGGUGCAGCCCAUUCAUCUUCCCAGCUCCAGUGUUACUCGGGAUGUCGACAAGGCUUGUAGAGCCCAUUUGCAGGGCGAUUGAAUCGCUGUACGAUAGUGAACACAACGCUCGAGCAGAAUUCUCUAACGUGGCACCGUCAGCAUCGAGAGCAUUGCGAGCAAGCAGCUGCAUCCAGUCAGAGUUUGACGCCACUAGCUGGCGAAUAGCGUCGUUGUAGAACAGAGAGUUUGCUAUGAUACACAGACCGUGCUCUCGGAUCUGCCGCAUGAGCUGCUCGUCUUGUUGUCUGCGUUCUACUCUGACGACGGGAUCCGCCUCUUCUUGUUGAUUUAGAGAUAUUUGCGUUGAGCUAAGAGUGCAGAGCUGAUAGAGAUGGUCGAUAUACCGAGCGACGCGAUACUGGUUGUCACGGUUCCACGUGAGGUUUGCGAGAGCCCAAGUUGCCUGUGCCAUCAUCGGCAAGUCAUCGGUUCGAGCUGCAAGUAAGAAGAGCGCAUCCAUCCCACUCGCUGCUCCGAUCGCGGCUCGAAUGGCGUCAUGCUGAGCUAUACUGCCUAGCACAACUGCGCCAUGGAAUGCGACGUUGCGGUUGCACGAAGCACACAUCAGCACAAACGUACUUACACCAGCAUUCUUGGACUGCACACCGGCUUGUUCCUCCUUGUGCUGCUCCUGAUUGUCCAUCGUUGUGAUUUCAUUCAUCUUGGUCUGCUCUUCAAGAACGAAGUCGGCGACGUUGUACGAGUGAUGGUCGCUUUCGCUCUCAUCUUGGUCCAGUAAAGUGAUGACAUUGGCGAUCACUUGCGACGCGUACGUCUGGAUCAGUUCAAAGACCUCCAAGUCGAUAACGUCAUGAAUUCUUGGCGUGUUACAGAGCUUCGUAAGGAUUGAAAUCCCGUGAGACUCUACAAUUGCCUGGCAUGAUCGUACGUGGUCGUGAGAGAGAUGGGAAAGCGCUUGAGUCGUUGCCAGAGUCAAGUCAACGUCUGCAUCAAGGGCAUCACUGGAGCUCACAGUUCUUUCACACAGUCGAAGAAGUACGGGUAUACCGCCUUCUGUGUAGAUGGCCUGCUGGUUGAAGGAAUUCCGGUAUGCCAAGUUCGCGAGUGCCUGAACUGCGUGUCGAAUAAUCUGAGGAUCGUCACCACUUGACUUGGGCUCCAACAGACCAACGAGUAGCGAGAUACUCCCAUCCAGACGUCCAAUGAUCGAAGUGUUUCUAGAGCUUCGCACGAUCAGAGCGAGUGAAUGUAGGGCGCUGCAUUUCACAGUGUUGUCCGUGUCUGGAGAUCUACACAAAUCUAGAAUGGUCUGAAGCACGUUGGACGAGAGGCCCAUGUACUGCUGAUUAGCCACAUUCGUAUCGGGGAAAACCAUAUCGUCGAACUGCAGCCACGUCGAGGUGAACAGGAGCUUCUUGUCCUUCUCUCUGCCUCCUUUUGAGCUCAAAUCAUGGUCAGUCUCACCCGAAAUGUCGUCUAUAGGCGUGCUGGGGUCAGCUAGCCAAUUCAUCUCGGUCACGUCUUCCUCAGCUACAGCAUCAAACGACGUCUUCAUCGCUGAUAGUUUAUCCAAGACUGUAUCCGACUGGUUCUUCAUCCACUGGAACCAUUUCUGCUUCGCCUUCCAGCCCAACGACCGAGCCGUGGCAUUGGCGUUCCACGAUAAUUGACCAAGUGCUUUCGCACAAAUUGCACGCACAGACUGCUGACUCGAGUGUCGUGCAAGAACAGCCAGCACUUCGAUGCCUGCAUUCUCUCGCAACGUAUCGUUGAUCUCUGCUGUGGCGCCAGCGAGGAUUUCGAUCCCGUCUGCAAAGAAGGAGAACAACAAGUUGACGUCUGUGAGGAUACUCUGCGCUGUCACGCGAUGUCGCCAAUUGACAAGACGCAAGCUGCGUUGCAGUUGUUUGUGUUGUUGCUGCUGCUUGGCCAUGUCCUUCUGCAUGUUGGUAAAGUCCGUGUGCGCUUCUUUGGCCGAGAUCUUCAUCGAGAGAUUCCACAUCUCGAUGUUGUUGAUCUUCUUGAUCUGCGCAGAGAUGCGGAAGCGCAUGUCGUUCACCUCUGCUGCUCGACGCUUCUCUAAAGACUGAUAGGCCUUCAACAACUCCUCGUUGGCUAUACGCUGGGCGUGUAGCUCUCUUUUCGCUGCUGUGAGCCAAUGGGUCUGCUUAUCCAUCGCAUCUUCAAGCUCCUGCGCUCGCUUUUCAAGAUCUUGUCGAAUAGCGUCAUGCUCACGUAUUAACUGCUCACGAUCAAGCCGAUAUUUAGUCUUCUCUUGCUCGAGUAGAGUUUUGUGUUCUUCGAUCUCACUACGAAGCACUUUAAUGACUUCUUGGGUCUGUAGCUGAACGCUGUCGCUGGCUGCUUGGUAGUCGCUCUGUAAGCGAUGGAUUUUGCCGUGCAGCUCUUCAAUCUGAACUUGCAAAGUGCCUUUAACUUUGGUCAACAAUUUAAUCUGGCGGUGU